CCGGAAGUUGUGGCAGGUUUUGUUUGCGGCCCCCUCCUCAUCCCGUUCUUCCUCCUGUGGCUGCAGAGUGGGCGCUCCGCUGCAUAGAGGAUCUUCGUGCGGGUCCACCAUCUCUGUCGGAGCGCCGCAGCCGGAUCAACCAGCCAUUUUUAUCCUCCGGUAAAAAAAAAAGAAAAAGAAAAAAGAAAAGAAAAACACACAGAAACUGAACAUUUUCCUUGAGCUCCACAUGUGACAGCAGGGAUGCCGACCAGCUGAGGAGGAAACCAUCUGACAACAAACCGCGAAGCAUCAUGGGAGGUGGCAGAUGGACUUGCCGGCCGUGGGCCGAAAAGAGCCUGUGACACACACACACACACACACACACACACACACACGCUCACACACACACACACACACGCUCACACACACACACACAGACAGACACGUCAUACACCAUGGAACAAGGCUUCAGCUUCCAUACGCUGUGUUUGUGUUGUGGCUAACGGUGAUGACCUCGCUCCGUCCCGUGCAGAAGAAGCUGGCGGCGGAGCCCGACUACACGGACGUGUCGCUGACGGCGGCGGAGCGCGUGCGUGCGCUCGGGAAGCUGGGCAGCAGCGUGGAGAUCAACGAGGACAUCGCGCCGCGCCGCUACCUGCGCUCCGGCGUGGAGAUGGAGCGCAUGGCCGCCGUCUACCUGGAGGAGGGCAGCCUGGAGAACGCCUACGUGCUCUACAACAAGUUCAUCACUCUGUUUGUAGAGAAGCUGCCCGGUCACAGAGACUACCAGCAGUGCAGCGUCCCAGAGAAACAGCUGAUCAUGAAGAAACUUCAGGAGGUGGCGUUCCCCCGUAAAGACGAGCUGAAGAAACGCCUGCAGGAGAAAUACAGCAGAGAGCACAGCGAGUACCUCCGAGCACAGAGCCAGGCGGUGGUGGUGGAUGGGUGUGGCCAGCGGCUCCAGCACCUCUCCCUAUUGGACGAGGACAGGCGCCGGCUCUCCCUGUUGGAGGAGGAGAGGCAGCGGGUGGCCGCCCUGCGCCGCAUGCAGAUCGAAUCGGAGCAGUUCCGAUUCUUCGAGGACCAGCUGCGCCGCCAGGAGCUGGCCAAUAGGAGAGGAGAGGAGGUGGAGCCAAAGGCGGAGAACAAAGUGCCUGAGGUGACGGACGGCUCCUGUCUGUCCCAGCAGCCAAUAAGAGACAGCAUACGUUCCCAGGGGGCGGACCCUAACAGGAACAAGCCGCCUCCCCCCAUCAGCCAACCAGCUGCCACACUGGCUGGAGUUCACACCCAGCGUGCGCAGGGUCUCAGGUCAGUGGUGAUUCCCAGAGAUCUGACGUAUCGCUUCCUCCUGCUGGCUGACUCCAACACCGCCAGAGGGAUCGAGACCUGUGGAGUUCUGUGUGGACGCCUGACGCAGAACGAGUUCCUGCUGACUCAUGUUGUGGUUCCCAAGCAGUCGGCCGGUCCGGACUUCUGCGACAUGGAGAACGUGGAGGAGCUGUUCAGCUUCCAGGACCAGCAGAACCUGCUCACACUGGGCUGGAUCCACACUCACCCCACCCAGACGGCCUUCCUGUCCAGCGUGGACCUGCACACACACUGCUCCUACCAGCUGAUGCUGCCAGAGGCCAUCGCCAUCGUCUGCGCCCCCAAACACAACGAUACGGGGGUCUUCAGGCUGACGGCUGCAGGUAUGGCCGAGGUGUCCGCCUGCAGACUGAAGGGUUUCCAUCCUCACUCCAAGGAGCCGCCGCUCUUCACUGUGUGUAAGCACGUGGUGGUGAGGGACUGUAAGGUCAGCCUGCUGGACCUCAGGUGACAGCCAGGGGGCGCCACUCGCUGUUUCUGCACCGUUGUUUACUCCCGAGGCUUUUCUAUCUAUUUAUUUUUCUGAAGAGGAAAACUGUGAACUCAGAGUGCUUGGCUUACACUGUGUGUGUGUGUGUGUGUGUGUGUGUGUGUGUGUGUGUGUGUGUGUGUGUGUGUGUGUGCGCGUGUGUGUGUGUGUGGGCAGGGAGCUGCAGCACACGCCGAGCCUCCGACAGAACAAACGAGCUCAGAUCAAUCGAUCGAUUAUCAGGACUGAUAUUCAGAUUUUUUUUUUAAAUUAUCAGGUGAUUUUCUUGUGCUUUUUUUUUUGUAAUUUUCUGGUAAUUUUCUUACAUUUUUUUACAUUUUUAAUUACUAUUAUAAUGUUAAACAUUUUUAAAAAUUCAAAGCAUGGUUUUUGUUGGUGCUUGUAAAACUGUCAAUUUUGACUCUGCGAUUUUUAAAAUUUAUUACAAAUCAAUAUCAGCCCUGAAAAAUCAAUAUCAGUCCAGGUGAUCGGUCGAGGUUUAGAGGUUUUUGUCAUGACGGUAAAACGUGAAGACAGUAAAUAUGAGCUUCAGAUUCAGAAAACGAGCCUCCCGGCCGCCCGGCGCCGCAAAAUAACAGGAGAGGGAAGGAAAACAGGCGGACAAGGAAAGGACCUGAAAUGAAGGAACCAAAAAAAAAAAAAAAACGAAAAUUUGAAGAAAAACAGAGAAUUUCUUAAAUGGAAAAAGAAAGAUUUUCUCCCGUAACUUAAUUUUUUUUUUUUUUUU